UUUUAACAACUUGUUCAACUCCCAACAUCGUCCUUCAAACAACAGCCAUUCCAUACCCUUUUUUUCUCUUCCCUUCUCUACGCUUCCUCCGGAUCUCCCUUUUCUUCCCCCACCCCUUCUUCUUCCUUUUCCUUUCAUGAUACCCUUUCCCUCCAUCUUCCUUCUCGGCAUCGAGAGCUUUCCUCCAUUUCCCUCUUCCUUCAAGCUCUCGAUCCGUCCCCCAAUCCCCAUUCCCCCUUUCCUAUGGAUAAUAUCACUGCCCAAUUAAAGAGGGGAAUCUCCCGCCAAUUCUCCACCGGCUCCUUACGCCGAACCCUCAGUCGCCAAUUCACCCGCCAAUCCUCUCUUGAUCCCAGGCGGAACAAUUUGAGGUUUAGCUUUGGCAGACAAUCUUCUUUGGACCCUAUUCGUCGUUGCCCUGAUGAUGAUAAUGAACUUUCUGUUCCUGACAAUUUGGAUUCCACCAUGCACCUUUUGUUUAUGGCUUGCCGUGGCGAUGUUAGAGCCGUCGAGGAUUUGCUUAAUGAUGGUACUGAUGUUAAUAGUAUUGAUUUGGAUGGCCGUACUGCUUUGCAUAUUGCUGCCUGUGAAGGUCAUACUGAAGUCGUUAAGCUUUUGCUUAGUCGUAAGGCCAAUAUUGAUGCUCGUGAUCGUUGGGGGAGUACGGCAGCUGCAGAUGCUAAAUAUUAUGGAAAUACAGAGAUUUACAAUAUUCUCAAAGCGCGUGGAGCGAAAGUUCCGAAAUUUAGGAAGACACCAAUGACUGUUGCAAAUCCUAGGGAAGUUCCUGAGUAUGAGCUUAAUCCAUUGGAGCUUCAGAUUCGAAGGAGUGAUGGUAUAUCAAAGGGGGCAUAUCAAGUUGCCAAAUGGAAUGGUACAAAAGUCGCAGUGAAAAUUCUUGAUAAAGAUUGUUAUUGUAACCCAGAUUCUAUAAAUGCAUUCAAACAUGAGUUGACAUUAUUGGAAAAGGUGCGACAUCCCAAUGUAGUUCAGUUUGUUGGUGCCGUCACCCAGAAUUUGCCAAUGAUGAUUGUUUCCGAAUAUCAUCCAAAGGGUGAUUUAGGUUGCUAUCUUCAAAAGAAAGGUCGUUUAUCUCCAUCCAAAGCCUUAAGAUUCGCCCUCGAUAUAGCUAGGGGAAUGAACUAUCUUCACGAAUGCAAACCGGAUCCGAUUAUCCACUGUGAUUUAAAGCCAAAAAAUAUUUUGCUGGAUAAUGGAGGACAACUUAAAGUUGCUGGGUUUGGCUUGAUUAGAUUGUCAAAAAUGUCACCUGACAAAGCAAAACUAGCUCAUCCAGUGGUUAUUGACUAUUCGAACUCAUACUUAGCACCCGAGAUUUACAACGAUGAAAUAUUUGACAGGAGCGUCGAUGCAUUUUCAUUCGGUCUCAUUUUAUACGAGAUGGUUGAGGGUCUUCAGCCAUUCCAUCCCAAGCCUCCAGAAGAGGUUUCCAAAGCUAUUUGUGCAGAAGGAAAGAGACCUCCAUUUAAGAUCAAAUCGAAAAGUUAUCCACCUGAUCUAAAAGAAUUGAUUGAGGAAUGCUGGGAUCCAGAACCUGUUGUGAGGCCUACUUUCUCUGAAAUCAUUGUAAGGUUGGAUAAAAUAGUUGCCAACUGCUCAAAACAAGGGUGGUGGAAAGACACAUUUAAACUUCCCUGGAAAUAAGAAGUUAGGGAACUCAACCCACUGUCUUCAGGAGGAGGCAAAGUGAUUAUGGAUGAAGGACACUUCUCAGAACACCAUUAAUGAGCUUCAUUGUUGAGUUUGAGAACACCAUUAAUGAUAUUCAAAGCCUUUGUUUUUCCUAAAAUUAUGUCUCUCAUUCAUUUUCAAAUUGUAUUGUCUCAAUGGACUGGAGGGCUUCCUGUGUAAAAUGUGUGGAAAAGCAGUAUCGUGUUCUUUUUCUUUUUUCUCUCUUCCGAUAUGAAAGGAAAAUUCCAUUUGUUCCGAAUUA